ACUGUCUCGGAAGUAAAGACACCUUGUUGUUAUGCGCUGAAAUGGCGUUACAGUAGAGUUUUAAACUUCUUAUGGUCAUUUUGAGGAAAAAAAAAACGACUCUUUUUAGCACUUGGAACUUUCAAUUGUUGCUGCUGAGUGCUUUUGCAUGCAUCAUAAUGAAGGCUAUUCAUUUGAUUUUGGCUUCAGCAGUUAUGGUUGUACUUUAUGAAGGAGCGUUCUGCCAGAGUAUUCAGUCUGGAUUUGUGUUGCUAAACCAACCGUACACAUUCCCCGGUAACGCCAGCGGCUGUCAUCACGCUGAAUGGAGAAAGAUACCCCCCACAGACACCACUAUCGCCACAUACAAAAACCAUGUGUGCACGACUGGCAAAGGUUUUGAGGAAGAAUUCACAUGUGAAGACAACCACCUGCUUCUCAUAUCAUCACAAUACACCGACCAGGGGCCCUAUGAGUUCAUCUGUAAUGGGGUUAAAACUUCAGUUAUUCUGGAUGUUUUAUAUGCUCUAAAUGAGAGUGCAGAAGAAACGGACAGCAUCACCCUGAACUGUUAUGCGCACAGUGCCAAAGAUGUGACGUGGCUGCAUAACAACAAAAGAGUUUUGCACUACAAGAUGGACAGAUCCAUGAAUCCCGGCAAAGGCUUCGAGAGAAGAGAUUUGCUGGCAAAGAAUUACUUCAAAACCGGCAAUUUCUCUUUGACCAUUACUCGUGUUCGCAAGGCAGAUGCUGGAUUAUACCGUUGCUUUGUGGAUAGUGAAACAGUUAAAGGAAACCCACAAGCCUAUGUGCUGCAUGUGAACGAGAAAAGCUCCGGUCCAGGAGACCAGACACACUCCAGCUGCAACGAAACAAUUCUGAUCGUGCUCACUGUGGUUUUUGGGCUCAUCUCAGUGAUCAGUGUGACAUAUUUGAUCACCAUAAAACUACGCAAUCGUCAAUCCAUGUCCACUACAGCCACUGAAACUGACCGUAUGCUGAUGUCUGCUAUUAGCACAGCUUCACCUGUCAGCGAAAGUCAGUCGGUGGAUACUUAUCCUGUUCAGGAGAGCGACUCCACUGGAAACAAGCCUUCCAACACCAGGCCUAUUUUGUAAUCUUGUGAAACGAGGCCUGUGAAGAUACAGUCAGCUACAGUAGGCGUGUUUU